GCCACUCUGUCCUUUGGCGAAGGCUGAGAUGGCGCCUUCUCGCGGACUUAGAGGCUCGCUGACCCGGCGUGAGUCACCCCUUGACUUCUGGGCGAUCGGCGCUGAUGUGGUGCUGUCAUGGCGACCAUAGGACGGAAAGCGCAUGUCCGGAGUCACGGACUCAGGGGGCUUUUGGCCCCCACCCAGCCAGGUCUCACAUGUAGCUGUCGCCCCUUGAGCUCCCCUGCACAAGAUGAGGCCUCCCGAGCAGCCCCCGUCGAGGCGCCAGGCCACAGCUAUCAGUCUCUUCGGGUGACAUCCGGCCCAGGACACAUUCUGCAUGUGCAGAUAAACCGACCUGAGAAGAGGAAUGCCAUGAACAAGGCCUUCUGGAGCGAGAUGGUGGAAUGUUUCAAAAAGAUAUCCGAGGAUGCCGACUGUCGUGCUGUGGUGAUCUCUGGUGAAGGAAAAAUGUUUACUUCAGAUGAGGAAACUAAAGCCCAGAGAAGGAAGAAACUUCAGAGGGCCGGUAUCGACCUCAUGGACAUGGCUCCAGUGCUCCUGCAGCCCCAAGGGGAUGACGCGGCCCGCAGAAGCUGGUACCUCCGUAAAAUCAUCAGCAGAUACCAGGAGACUUUCAGUGUCAUCGAGAAGUGCCCCAAGCCUGUCAUCGCAGCCAUCCAUGGGGGCUGCAUCGGUGCAGGUGUGGACCUCAUCACUGCCUGUGACAUCCGCUACUGUGCCCAGGACGCAUUCUUCCAGGUGAAGGAGGUGGACAUCGGUCUGGCAGCCGACGUGGGAACCCUGCAGCGUCUGCCCCGGGUCAUCGGGAGCCAGAGCCUGGUCAACGAGCUGGCCUUCACCGCCCGCAGGAUGAUGGCUGACGAGGCCCUGAGCAGCGGGCUGGUCAGCCGGGUGUUCCCAGACAAGGAGGCCACGCUCGACGCGGCCUUCACGCUGGCAGCCGAGAUUUCCAGCAAGAGCCCCCUGGCGGUGCAGGGCACGAAGGUCAACCUGGUCUACGCCCGCGACCACCCGGUGGCUGCCGGCCUCGAGUUCGCGCACAAUUGGAACAUGAGCAUGCUGCAGACCGAUGACGUCCUGAAGUCUGUCCAGGCCGCGAUGGAGAAGAAGGAUCUGAAAAGCGUCACCUUCUCCAAGCUCUGAGAGCCCGCGUGCCCUGGUCUAGCUCUGUCCCGCCUUGGUGCCUCCUCCCAGUGUGUAACUUCACAACACGGAUUUCCUCGAGCACAAGGCCUUGUGUUUGCCCCAUGAGCAAUAAACCCAUGUAAAGAA